AUGCUGUCCCGUCGGGCCGUCGCAGCAAGCCCCUCGGCCGAGUUUCGUAUCCGGGCAAGUAUGCAGUGGCUGGUAGCACAUCGCCUCGGCAAUCUCUUGGGCGUAAAAGAGAUUGAGUGACAGUAGCGCGAAAGUCAGCGACACUAACAUGCUCGUCACUCCGCAUAUUGUUCCGGUAUACUCAUGAAGAAAAUUCACCUAGCAGUUGCAAGUACCUCGAGGACUCGUUUGACGAAAUGCAAAGUCAUGGCUGCCGAGACGAGUACUAUGCGCAAACUGGCACUGUUGUGGAGGCGGAGGUCGUAUGCCCAAGUGGAGAGUCCCAUCUCCUCCAUGAACGUCGGUGCGUCAAAGUACUCGAGUUUGUGGAGCAAGAAAGCCGAGCAGAGCAACGCCGCAGGGAGGUAGAACAUGAGCAUUCCAAUCUUGCUGGGCAACUGGAGGAUCUUCUGCUGGCGACCGGCAAACUUGGAGUAAGGCAGUGCCGCGCCACGAAACUCCUGGAGCGAGAGGAGGACGCCGCCGACGAAGAGCAGCAUCUCCGAUCCCCAUACGUACCUGGAACCCGAGCCCGUGAAGAAGAGGAAAUCGAGCAUCACGGUCUCGUCGUCCAGUUCUUCGCGUCUUUCAUCUCUUCUCGGCGGUGGUGGUAGAAUUGCUCUUCGUCUUCGCUGGACAGAAGUUGCCAAACCGGAUAAUUCGGUGUCAAGGGACACACGGUGCAUCGCUUGAUCCGACGGUGGAGGAUGAGUCCCUCAAAACGGUAACUUGAAGGGCUGGAGAUCUGUUUGGGAAUAUACUGGAAUAAUAAUAUUUAGGGUUCUUGCAAGGUC